AUGGCCUUCCAAACCUCCACCUCGUCCACCACCACCACCACCAACACGCACACCCACCCCCCGCCCUCCUCCCAAACCUUACCCUUGAGCAAAGCGACCACACCCUCGUCCAACGGCGGCGGCGGCGGCGGUAACACCCCUCCGGGCAACACCUUCCUCUUCGGCGCGAUCGUCGUCUUCGUCGCGCUCUUCAUCGCCUUCCUCGGCUGCGGCCUCUCCGCCCGACGCGGCUGGGGCAUGCGCCGCCGCCGCGCCGCCGGCCGCUGGCUCGCCGAUCUCACCGGCGGCGGCGGCGACGACGACGCGCACAGGGGGUCGCAGCAGCCAAAGGACAGCGAAAAACCGAUACUAUGGGACGCGUACGUCCGCGACGCGAAGCGGGGUCGGAACGACGACGUCCGGUGGGACGGCAUCGCGCCUUUGUCCGUCUCGGCCGUCCUCCGACCCGUCGCCCCGCCGCCGGUAGACACCACCAAACCGCCUCCGUUAUCCUUACCUCCUCAAGAACAAGAAUCACCCCCGACGUCGCGCAUCCGCUCCCUCCUCGCCCUCCUCUCCUCCUCUCCGUUCUCGUUCUCCCGACGCACAACACCACCUCCUCCGCCCCCGCGGCUCCCGACCACAACCGCCGCCGCCGCCGCCGCCGCCGCCGCCGCCGCCGCCGCACCUCCGUCACCGCAAUCGACACCCUUCAGGGCGCCCGGGCCCGCGCGCUCCCCUACCCGCCCCUCCGCACUGCGUAUCCUCCGGGACUACUGGCGCCCCGAACUGCCCCCCUCGUCACCCCCUCGUCCACAUCCUCCGCAUCCUCGUCAUCCUCCAACAACAACAACAACAAGCCGCGAAGAACGCGAAAGAGCGCUCGAGCGGUGGUUGCGCGACGCAGAGACAGGAAAGGAGGAAACGGAGAGGGGGAGGGAGACGGAGAGGGGGAAAGAGAAUGAGAAGACGGUCCAGGUCGCGUGUCUGGUGCUCAUGCCGACCCGGCCUCGCAGGCGUGCCGGCGCGAGUAGAGGAGGAGGAGGCGGAGGAGGCGGAGUACGAGACAGCGGAUUCGGCGAAGGCCCCUCCUCGUCGCUUUCUCUCGGCGGUGCCGAUCGGUCGAUCGAAGGAUUAAGAGGAGGAGGAGGAGAAGGAGGAGGAGGGGUACAGGAGGAGGAAGAAGGCGAAGAAGGAGAAGAAGGCGUGCCCGACGCGGUGCUCGGCGUCGCGAGCGUCGCGCUCGCGCGGACGAGGCGUACGCCCAGUCUGGCGGGUGACGGGGGCGCGGUGCUGUAGUCGUUUGAUGACGAUUUCGGGGCGCCUCGUAUGCACGGAUUUUUUUUUUCCCAUACACAUCUUUUUUAAGGAGGGGUUUACGGUUCGGGCAUGUAUUCUACACACGACCGCGAUUUGUCUCGAUAUCCUGGC